GCCGGCGGCUUCCUGGCCGGCCGGGCGAGCGGGGGUGGGGUGCCUGGCGGCGGGCGGGUGGCCGGCUGCCGAGCAGCGGGCCUGGCCCUCUCGGGAGCCCCCCGACGACGCCCCGCCCUUGGCUUGUUUUCUCAGCAGUCGUCGGCCCGGGCCGGGAGCUGGAGCCCCACAGACUCCCAGGGCCGUCGAGGAGCCGCCUCUGCCGGGGGAGUCGCUCGAACUCAGACGUCCCAUCCUAGAGCGACCCGCCGGGUCGGAGGUAACUCAGCCCAGAUGUGAGGGCCAGGCAUGGCGUGCGAGCAGGGUCUUUUGAAGGAUGAGUUGGAGUUUGCCAGUCACUUGCACAUUAAUUCCGAGGCCGCCAUGGAGCAGUGUGCGAGCGUGGAGAGAGAAGUGGACAAGGUCCUGCAGAAGUUCCUGACCUACGGGCAGCACUGCGAGCAGAGCCUGGAGGAGCUGCUGCACCACGUGGGCCAGCUGCGGGCCGAGCUGGCCAGCGCAGCCCUCCAGGGGACCCCACUCUCAGCCACCCUCUCCCUGGUGAUGUCCCAGUGCUGCCGGAAGAUCAAAGACACCGUGCAGAAACUGGCUUCGGACCACAAGGACAUUCACAGCAGUGUCUCUCGAGUGGGCAAAGCCAUUGACAGGAACUUUGACUCUGAGAUUUGCGGUGUGGUCUCCGACGCAGUGUGGGACUCGCGGGAGAAGCAGCAGCAGAUCCUGCAGAUGGCCAUCGUGGAGCACCUGUACCAGCAGGGCAUGCUCAGCGUCGCUGAGGAGCUGUGCCAGGACUGCUCUCUCCCCCUACAGGAAUCAACACUGAAUGUGGACUUGGAUUUCAAGCAGCCUUUCCUGGAGUUGAAUCGAAUCCUGGAAGCUCUGCAUGAACAAGACCUGGGGCCAGCAUUAGAAUGGGCCGUCUCCCACAGGCAGCGCCUGCUUGAGCUCAACAGCUCCCUGGAGUUCAAGUUGCACCGACUGCACUUCAUCCGCCUCUUGGCAGGUGGUCCUGAGAAGCAGCUGGAAGCCCUCAGCUACGCCCGGCAUUUCCAGCCCUUUGCUCGGCUGCACCAGCGGGAGAUCCAGGUGAUGAUGGGCAGUCUGGUGUACCUGCGGCUGGGCUUGGAGAAGUCGCCCUACUGCCACCUCCUGGACAACAGCCAUUGGGCCGAGAUCUGUGAGACCUUUACCCGGGAUGCUUGUUCCCUGCUGGGGCUUUCUGUGGAGUCGCCCCUCAGCGUCAGAACCCUGCCCCGAGUUCCAGACCGAUGGCAGUGUGCUGGUCUUCUGUCUGCCUGCUGGGCUCUUGGUCUGGCCGCUCCAGCCCCUGCUUUGUUCUGCAGCUUUGCCUCUGGCUGUGUGGCGCUGCCCGUGCUGAUGAACAUCAAAGCUGUGAUCGAGCAGAGGCAGUGCACUGGGGUCUGGAGUCACAAGGACGAGUUACCGAUUGAGAUCGAACUAGGGAUGAAGUGCUGGUACCACUCAGUGUUUGCGUGCCCCAUCCUCCGCCAGCAGACGUCGGAUUCUAACCCUCCCAUCAAGCUCAUCUGUGGUCACGUUAUCUCCCGAGAUGCACUCAACAAGCUCAUUAAUGGAGGAAAGCUAAAGUGUCCCUACUGUCCCAUGGAGCAGAACCCAGCAGAUGGGAAACGCAUCAUAUUCUGAUUCCUGCCUGGAAGGAACUUUGUUGAAAGCGGUUUUCGCCCAUGAACCGUGGUGUGUCUUGGUGGGAGUGGUUGGCUUCAGUGGACUGUGGUUCAGAGCAGCUGGCUGAGGAGUGCCAGCAUGGGCAGGGGCCAAGAAGGGAGGUGAACCAACCUGCACUGGGCAGCUGGCCCUUGGCUGUAAGAGCAGGGAGAUGCUGGCCUCUGUGCUCUUGCCCUCUCCCCGUUUAUAAUCUGCCAUUGACUCAGUCACAACCAACAGAGAAGUAAAGGGCUUGACCAGCAGCAGAUGUCCUUCCACGGCUGCCCUCAAUCAGGUCUCUUACUGCCACACCAACGCUUGCGUGCACUCCUCUCGCUGUACAGCCUCACAACUGUAUGUAUCCAUGUCCCACUGUAAAUAGUCCAGGUUAGAACUGAAUGCCAUUGUUUUAUAACUCGGAGCAAAUAUAUUCCUAGGGCUUCUCCUUA